AUGAUCCAUACCUAUAUUGCAUAUUACAUUACAAUACUUGCAAAAAUUGUGCAUCAAGUACCUCUACCAUUUCUUACAAUUACUAUCCUUUCGAAUGCUGUUGCUUUUUUUAUUGAAUUAUAUUUGGAUUAUAGACAAAGUAAACUUUUGAAAACUUCAAACAUUCCCUCAAAAUUACAAAAAUACUUGGAUAAGGAUGAAUUUGAUGAUAUGAGAAAUUAUAGCAUUUUGAGAUUGGGAUUUUCAAGAUUGGAAAAUGCAUACGGGUUUAUAACUGAGGUUGUGAUAUUAUUAUCUGGGGUUCUAACAUGGAUUUUUGACUUAUCUUUGAAAAUUAAUAUUUUACUCUUUAGUUUAGGGGAAGAAUAUGCCAUUACAAGAGGUGUGACAUUCCUCUUCCUUGUUUCUUUACUGAGCACUUUGGUGAGAGCUCCAUUUGAGGUUUAUAGAAUUUUUGUGAUUGAUGGAAAAUUCUUUGAAACCAAGCAAGAAAGAAAAGAUCUUCAAAACUCUACACUAACCAAUGAAGAUGUUGCUAUAUUUUCACAUCAACAAUUAUUGGAAAGUAGUAGAUCCAAAUUAAUGCAAAUCAAUAAUGCAAAAAUGUUUUUUGGAGAUGAGCAAGGUGAUAAUUCUGUAAAAAGUGAUGAAGAAGAAACAACAUCCCAAUACAAUGAAAUAUCAAAUUUUAAAGAAGAUAUUACAAGUGAUAAUGAUAGUGAUGGAAGUGAGGGAGGAGUUCAGGAUAUAAUGACAGUUUUUCGUAAUUGGAUAAUGGAUCAAAUCAAAAUGGGAAUUAUUUCAGUAGUUAUAGGCACUCCACUUUUAUUCUUAAUUUUGUGGUUGCUUACAACUGGAAGUCCAAUUCACUGGGUUUAUAUGUGGGUUGGAAGUGUUGCCCUAGCUGUGGGUAUAUAUGAAUUAUAUCCAAUAAUAUUAGCUCCAAUGUUCAAUACUUUUUAUGAAAUGCCAGAAGGGCCUCUCAGAAAAAGUAUUGAAGAGUUGACAAUUAAAGUAGGAAUUCCAGUUAAAGAUAUUGUCUACGUAGAUGGAUCAAAAAGACAUGAGAAUGCAAAUGCAUUCAUGAUUGGAUCAGGAGAAAAUAAGAAAAUUGUUCUAUACGAUAAUUUGAUAAGUAAAGAUGGUUUGAAUUUGACAAAUGAUGAAAUACUUGCAAUAUUGGCACAUGAAAUUCACCACUAUAAGAUGAAUCACAGCAUCAAAAUAUUAACUUCACAAGUUUUUUCUUUAGGGAUAUUUUUAUUUAUCCUCUCAUUCACUAUCUACAAUGAAUAUUUUUACAAUAGUUUUGGAUUUACAGAAAUUGAUCCAAGUGUUGGAUUAUGCUUAUUCUCAUAUCUUUUUCAACCACUGGGAAAUUUUGCCAUGGUAAUUCUCAAUCAUAUUCAAAGAAAAUACGAAUAUUCCAGUGAUGAGUACAGCAUGAGUCUUGGAUAUAAUAUUGAGGAACCUCUCAUCAAAAUGCAUGUCAAUAAUGUUUAUAAUUUAAUUGUAGAUAGAUUAUACUCUAGCUAUUACAAUGCACAUCCUUCCUUAUUGGAAAGAGUUGAUAAUUUGAAAAAGUGGAUUGAAAGAAAUGCCCAACGACAACGUUUGAAUGAAAAGUUGAUAAAACAAGAAUAA